GAAACUAAAGACCGUUUCACUGCCGCUAGGUUGGCACUUAUGACAAGUCGGUGACGUUUGUCGACGUGUCUGCACAUUUUCGCCCCCCUGAAUCAAAAUAGUUCACGUGUCGUCUCCAGUCGCUUCACAACCACGUACACAAACCCUCGACCUCAACAAUGCCGGCCCCAGCUAGUUCGACAACGGUAGGAUCUGGGGGCAGGUCGCCGUCGAAAACUGUGGCCCCUAGAUCUGGCGGCGGAGGUACCGUUAGACAAAGAAAGACCACGUCCACUGCACCCGCUAGGAGAAAUACAGGGGCGGGUUCAGGUGGUAUGUGGAGAUUCUACACUGAUGAUUCUCCAGGAAUUAAAGUAGGUCCCGUCCCGGUUCUUGUAAUGUCGCUAUUGUUCAUUGCUUCCGUAUUUAUGCUACACAUAUGGGGAAAGUAUACUAGGUCUUGAAUUACAUUCAUCAUUCCUUCUUCCGUUAUUAAUUUAAUGCAUUUUCAUAAACUUACAUUUUAUAUUGUUACAUUCAGAGUUGGAAAAAAAUAAAGAUUUUAUAACGA